AUGAGCGGCCACAGUUACAUGGAGGGACUGGAGGCAAUGAGCCACAAAGCACACUCAGAUGGCAUAGAAUAUAGUGCGAUCUAUAGUUGGUAUGGCCAAACCAUGGAUCGUCUCCGGAGUGAUGGCUCCAAUAUGUCUGAAGAGUUUCGAUCACUGACGGCUAAAGUCGAGACAUGGAAGCAUUUCUGGCCUGAUGAACCUUUCUUCGCGGGCGUAUCAUUGAAAGGCAACUCAAGACAAUUAUUUGAGUCCAAAGAUCAAAAUCGAAUCGAAAAGCCUGUCAAAAACCAAACUUCCUCUUCGUCAGAACUGCAUGCGUCGCAGGAAACUCUCACUACACUUUCACCAACUGCAGGGCCGUCAAUACAACCCAUCAUACCAGAUCCAAGUCGAUCACCAAUCGAGUCACGGCAAGGAUCCCAUGGCAAUAGAAAGCGGGAUCACAAUAGGUAUCUCAACGAGAUUUGCGCAAACUGCAAUAUGAGAGGUCACAUCUUGAGCUACUGUGUGGCUCCUGUGGACGAGUUUGGGUUCAUCUCAGGUUGUCCGAGAAGAACAAAUUGUCCUCCGAUUCGUUGGUCUAAGGAUAUUCGUAACAUACCACAAUUCAGGUUGAGGACGCAGCACCCAUGGACAUACGAAUUUUCGUUGAAGCAAGCAGGCAAAUUUACGAUAUCAUACGAUGACUUUGGGAAACCGAAGGGAUUAUACCCGGACCCAGCAUGGAAAACACCAGAUAAAGUUCUCUCUCAAGCAUACCCCCGCACGAUGGAUAUAAUAUUACCAAGGCUAUGGCAUUUUCACUCGAGAUUGAACCGAAAGUCGGCCGACCUAGGCCACAAGUUUGAAGUAUUCCUAAAGUCGAUGAGCGAAACAGCGAGUGAUAACGAAAUGAUUAUUUGUGAAAUUGUUCGCUUGGUAGAAGCUCUUGAAGACAUUUUAGAGUUUGAGUCGAAAGAAGCUAGAGGAGAGUCGUUGGUCAUCCAGAUGAGCAGUGAUAUCACGACAAAACAGGCUAAGGAGCUGGAAUUUGAAGCAAAGCUGAAUGCCUACCACGCACCAGAAGGUUAUCGCCCAAGAAACCAUGACUUAUCUCCAGAAAAUGAAAGGACCGUUCAUUCGACCGAAGAAAAGGAAAAAGGCAAAGCGAUAGAUGUUCACAGUCCCUCAUUGUCCCGCAGGUAUGCAGAAGAAGAGCAGAGCAUGUACCAAAACUAUGGACAGAGUUAUGCACCUGAUAACCCCUUCAAUGGAGGUACUUCGUCAAAUACCUCAAGCAAAAACACACUUCGGUCUGAGAACUUGGUUGCUAGAAAAGUAUUCGGAAGCAAUCUCACUCCUGCUGUCGAAAAUUACAAACGACGAGAUUUAACAUCUUUAGAAAAAGUUCCAGAUUUUGUUCCUGUCGAUACAGAUACUCAGUCAUAUGGUCACAGUGAACAAGGAGAAGAUCAACUGUCAAAAUUUGCAGAAUUCAAGUACGAACAAUCUAAGGAACAGAAACAGUUGGAGAGGAGAAUUUCCAACCUGAGGAGAGACCUUAAAGAGAUUAAUAGCUUCGAGAAGAGGGUGGAGAUGUUGACGACCAAGCAGUGCAAUCAACUCAAGAUGAAAGAACUCAAGGAGAGGGAGUUGGGAGUGCUGUUAGAAAUCCGUACUCGAUACGUAAUGUACCCCGAACCAACUGCUGGCUCGAAUAUCAAUACGAGUAAAAAGCAUCAAUCUUUCGGAGCACCAGUAAAACAAGCACCUAGUCUGGAAUACCCAGAAGAUCGUCACAAUAGCAGUAGCGGAGGCAGUAGUGACAGGAGUGAUAAAUUUUCAGCAAGCAAAGAAUUGCCACCGGAAGGCUUCCAGGUCAAGCAUCUUAAGUCCAAAAAAACUGGUCGGAGUCCAGCGAUAUCUACCUCAUCAAUACCAGGACACUCCCAAAGCUUUCCUUUCGCAAGCAUUAGAAAGUCACCUCUGAGCUACGUUCAAACCGCACCAAGUGUAGGAGUCCAAGAUUCAAACGGUAACAACGAUUCCACGAGCCCUGAGAAGUUACCGUCUUCUCUCGUUGUAGAGCAAGACCCAUAUCCGGCAUUGAACAGAAGACAGAAAGCUGAGAGUGUUUCGAAAAGGAGAUUGUACCAAUCAUCGAGUGAUGCACGAACAAUUGCCCCCGCUGCUAAUAAAAUGACGAUUAUUCCCAGGCCACAGUCGCUGAGACCGAGUCAAGAUACACUCCAGGCUUUGAAUGAAACACAAACUGAGAGUCUCGAAGAUGUGCAUUCGAAGCCACCCACGAGUCCCACACAAGUAGCUGCAUCCAGUUCCGAAAACAUCAGCAAAAAAAUAACAAUCCAUGAGUCUAAGGUAUUAAAUCACUUGCAACUCUCUGAUGAGGUCAAGAAUCAAACAGGGCUUAUCUCCGGGCCCAUAGAGUCAAGGAACUCACCAAAGUCCAUUGCCAAUAGCCAAGAUCUGUCUUCAGCAUCAAAUGAAAAACAAGCUGAUCAUGUUACAAACAAAAGUAUGGAGCUAGCUUCAAGGGACGCUCAGAAGAUUUUCAAAGUUGACGAUAUCCAUCAAGAUACUAUCAAGAUGAAGGAAAAUUACCCCCAGCAGAGCUCUCGACCAUACAUACCUCCUUUCAAAGCAAAGCUGAUGUUAGCUUCAAAAGAGAAAUCGCUUUCGACAUUGCCACAAGCAAAUAGUGAAGCACCCUCACCGAUUUAUAAUCCACCAUAUCAAAGAGAAAAGCAAUCACCACAGGACAGUGAACAUCAAUCAUCGUUGCUGGAAGAAGCUACUGCAAAUCACGGCAAAUCACCCGCAUCUGUUUAUGUACCACCACAGAUGAGAAUCAUGCAACCCACUUCAAAGGACGAAUCACCACCUCCAAUGACGCAAUCUCCAACACAUAUUUUAGAGCCGAAACAACUACCGCCAACGAAUUGUCCAAUUUCGCAAAAUCAACAACUAUUGGACCCACAAUCAGCAUACGCGAAAAGAUCAGAAAAACGGUCUUCCUCGACUCCACCAGAUCAAUCUUAUUUAGAAGCAGAUGACGACGAUUCCAUCUCUAUGCCUCGGGUCCCAAAAAGCCCUAGAUCUUCUAAUCUACAGCAGAAAUCACCCAGAACUAUGAAGCGGAGUGUCAAGCAACGUGCAUUAUCACCUGAUACACAUCUACCAGAACCAGAAACCCAUUUUUUGACAUCAUGUUUGAAGGAGACUGUUUCUAACCCUAAUAAUUCAUUUCCGGAACUUCUAGAUCCCGAUUUUUUUGCUGAUUUCUUUGAUUGUGAAUGGCUCAAUGACAGAAUCGAUUUACCAAUCCCACUGCCAGUUCCAGAUUUCUUCCUAUUGGAUGAUGAACUUUGCAAUACUAAGGAACUAAUAAGGUCAACAAUCUCACUCCAAGAUCCAAAUAUUUUCCUAUUGGAUGAAGAAGAUGAUAACUUUGAGGAAUCGCUUGGGUCACUAAUCCCACUACAAGAUCCAGAUAUUUUCUUACUAGAUGGAGAAGAUGAUAACUCUAAAGAAUCGUUAAGGUCACCAAUCUUACUUCAAGAUCCAGAUAUCUUCUUAUUGGAUGAAGAUUAUGAUACUAAGGAAUCACCAAGGUCACCAGUGCCGCUACCCGAUCCAGAUGUCUUCUUAUUGGAUGAAGAAGACGGAAACUCUAAAGAAUUGCUAAAGCCAUCAGUCCCAAUAAUUUCACACUCUCGUCCCCACAGGCAGAGCAAUGAUGCAAGCCGUACAAUGACCAGGGGCAACUCAGAAACCCAAGAAGUAGACAGAGCGGUGUCAGAUGACAUGUCAAAAAAUGUAUGUUUUACGUGCGACAAAGUAGGACACUACAUAAUUGAUUGCCCCAUGAGCUGGAGACUUGACCUAUUGGUUCUUGGCAAUUUUCCCUAUUCGAGCUCAUGGUACCGUGCCGGCUUAGGAAAAUGUAUGCAGGGUGAAGCUAAUAAUUCAGAUGUCAACCCCGGCGCCAAUGAUCUUACCCAAACUUGGUCUGGGAACAGUUAUCCGGUUGAUACAUCACUUCCUGGUAAUUCUCCUGGUCCGAACCUACCGCAUAUUGCAAAUGCAGUGGACCAGGUACAGGCUAAACCUAAGUCUGAUCUCGAUCCCCCCACUGAUUAUUUCUACCCGAAUCAGUUAAAAAAAGGUGAUUAUUUAUGCAAAUGGUUACCUGAAAAUUGGAUCGAAAUAUCGGAGAAAGUUUCAAGUGAUUUCCCUGCGGAUUGGGCUCAAGAAGUGAGCAAGCGAAUUGAGACUCGCUUUUGGGAAUACCAGAAAACCAUGAGAAAUACGGGCUUUAAUUUCAGUAUUGGGAAUUAUUCAGAUGAUGAAGGGUCGGGAGAGGAAGAAUCAGAAGACGAAGAAAUACCCGUGAUAGUUUCCCGACAAAAGAGCGCUGGCUGUAGCCCUUUGAGGGAAACUAAGAAGGAAAACAGAACGAGACCCCCGGUUUCAACUGAAGUGACUGCCGAUCAAACGGGUCAUGAUUAUAAUUUGGAGGAGAGAGUGAGAAACAUGCUGACAAGGAGAUCUCCAAGAAACCCCCACGCAUCCAGAAUUACGAAUGGUACUGGAAGCGUCUACCCUGCUCCUGGCGAGUGGCUCUGUCUCUCAGGAGAAUGUCGAGAAUCCAACACCCCCUCAUCUAUCAUCUGCAAGAGAUGUUCCCGUCCGCGCGGAACAAGAGGAGUAGAUGGACGAAUCGAGAUGUUCCAACCCGGGGAUUGGAUCUGUCCAUUUCGAGAUUGUGCGCGACACAACUACGUCAAACAUGUGAUCUGCAAAGGCUGCGGCAAUCGAUCCAAAGCUCCAACAGCAAUCCCUCUUUUCUGGAAAUGCAGCUCCUUCGACUGCGGCGAAACAAACGAUAACGGCGUGGUCCGUUGUCGCAAAUGCGGGAGUCCGCGGAUUCUCUUUCAUAACCCGCCGUCGCGAGCAACAGUCAAUGCGUUCCAUGCCGGUGAUUGGUAUUGUGGUGCAUGGGGCUGCGCAGCGCAUAAUUCGUCUCGCGAUAUCAGCUGUUGGAAAUGUGGCGGGACGGAUACUACGCUCGUGGCUCCGGGUCAAGUGGUUAAAAACAUACCGGCGAGUGGGUAUCUUGCUCCGCCGGGCUGGAAUUUGUGGGAAUCCUCGGGCUGA